CAUUUUAAGGGAAAAAAAGAAAAUGAAAAAAGAUUUAUUAAAAUAAAUAAAAAGUUUAAUUUAUUUUUAUUAGGCGGAAAAUCAUGAUCAAGCGAUCACACUACCCAGUGAUAUGGGACUGACAAUAUAGGAAGGCUCUCACACCGACUCAGUGACUCGUCUUGACUCACUCCCAACAUUUUCAGAAAUUGAACUAAGAAGAAGGGAGAUAGAGAUAAAUAAUGUGGCAGAGGAUCAAGAAGAAAAAGAUUUGUGGUGGUGAGUUUCCUAAUUACGGAGCAAUCUUCAUGUCCAAUCGCACUACAUUGCACGAGUGCCUAUAAUCCAACCUCUUUGGACUCCCUUCUUCUCAUUCCCAUUUCGUCAAGCAAGUUCGGUCCGGAAUGAUUCUCUUUCUUUUCGAAAACGAGGAGAGAAAACUCCAUGGCGUUUUUCAGGCCAGCACCGUUGGUGACAUUAAUAUUGUUACUCACGCAUAUGAGUCUUCUGGAAAGCGGUAUCCAACUCAGGCAAACGUCAGGAGGCUUCUACAGUUGCUUAAUUCUAAAAGAGUAGAUGUGGGCAGAAGAAAAAGGCUGCGGGAUUAUCAAUUUGAAAAUGGAGAAGUGGAAAAUGAAAGGUUCGCAAUCCAUAAGACAUUAUCUUCUGGGAUAUCUGUUGUAAUGUGCAAUGAAUCAGAAAGCAGUCCAUUGGAUUAUACUGCCAAGUAUUGUGGUUCCAGGUCUUCCAAUGUGUCAGGACAUAAUGGCAACUCUGGUGGAUGUAAAGUUGAUAGUACUGAUAUUGGUUCAGGAAUUGGAACUAUAAUAUCUGAGGAGGUACCAAAAAGCUUAGAAGACACUUCAAAAGAUGUUGGUACUGACAAUCUUGGAGAUUUUAUACCUUUGACAUCCCCGGACAAUUCUUAGUGUGAGGUGGACUGUGUCAAGAAUGACCAAACAGAGUGUGUCUUCUCAUAAACUGAUUUUCCCUCGGAUGCUUUUGAACUAUGAGGAUUUAGGAAAGAAGAAUGUAGAUGUCGAGUUUGCUGCACCAAGGCUAGAUGGAUUGCUAUCAGAUGCUUUGCCUUGCCCUUCACCAAGGUCAAGUGAUUGCCAGUCAAAUGAGGGAAUUCACAAUUCAUUGGAAGUUAAUACUUUGAAUUCUGGUGCUCAAGAAAGAAGAUCUAGUGUGUUUUAUCGUUUGAACUUUGGUUCAAAGGAUAUUAGACAAGAUAAGGCUGCAAGUAGAGGUCAGCAUAAGUUGGGCAGAAAUGUUAUGUUCCAAAGGGCUAGAUGAGAUUUGCAGCUGAGCAAUAAGAGGAGAAACACUAAUUCCCUACAUGAGAAGACAACCAAGGAAGCUGAAUUUAUUAAAAGAGAAGUAGAAGAUAUUAGUGAAAGUAAAUUAUUACAUCCUGAACAUGCUGGAGGAGAAGAAACAGAGAGGAGAAGAUAACAGCGUACAAGACAUCAUGGACUCAUUGUUGCAGAGGCAUAACUCAUGGAAGAAAUUCAAGGCCAAUAAAUAAUUUCGUUAAACAAAGAGUUUAUGGUGUGGAUUCUGCGGUCUGGAAGAAUGUCUCUACAUGAUUGUUUUGGGCUUUUUAAUGAGACUGGAAAAGUUGGUUUAUUUAUAGUAUGAGACUUUGACAAUCUUAUGGAGGUAAUACUAGUGUUUGCAAUGGUAGACCUAAGUAUAGUGUUGCUUUGGAAUUAGAAAUGCAACUUUAUUUACAAUGGUAUAGUUGAUUAUGAAAAACUAGGUUUAGUUUUGUACUUUUACAAGCUUUUUAAGUGUAAUAGAUGUCUGCAAUGGUAGAAUUACACAUUGGUGCUGCUCUGGAAUGUAUUUUAUGCUUAGUUUCACGGGAAGUUUAACUUUGACAAGUUUUUGAAGUGUAACAAAUAUUUACAAUGAACUAUGUAUUGUGUUGCUCUCGAAUGUAAAUAUGCAAAUAGUAGAAUUACACAAUUAGAGGUGA